CGAACAUAUCGAUUAUCUGUAGUAUCGAAGUUAGCCGAAGGUCUAAAGUCUAAGGUCUGGUCUAAUAUAACAAGUAAUAAUAUAUAGAAAUUCGUGAAUUUUAUUAUUAUUCAUUUGUCACAUUGUCGCUAUCAUGGAGAAGUUGAUAAAAGAGAAAUUGACCGAAUUUCUAGAUUUUCAAAUUCCAGAUGAUUUAACCCAAUAUGUUAUGCAAAUGGAAAAUGAGAGAGAUUUAGAAAAUUACUUAGCAACUUUAUUGGACAAUGAAAAUCCGAAACACAAACAAUUUAUAACAGAUUUGAAGAAACAACGUGCAUCUUAUACUAAUCAAACAGGUUACAAGAAAACAAGUAAUAAUGACAAUAUACCUAAUAAACAGAGUGAAAAGAAAAAGGGAAAAGCAAAAGGAAAAGAAAAUGUUCAGAUGCAAGAGGCUGCAAAAUGUGAAACAAAGCCUGAAAAAAUGGAAAAAAAGAAGACUAAAUUUGUUAAUUUAUUAUCUCAUGGAGAUGUUCUCCUGAAAGGGAGACACAAAUGUAACUGCGAAGCAAAGGGACAUAAAUUAAUUAAUAAUUGUCUCAAUUGUGGAAGAAUAGUUUGUACACAAGAAGGUGCAGGACCAUGCUUUUUUUGUGGAGAUCUCGUUUGUUCACCGAAUCAACAAGUGGUUCUUCAGAGUAAGACUAAACAAGCUGAUAAUUUGUACAAUAAAUUGAUGGAACGAAAGCCAAAUAAAGGCUUUGAAGACUCCCUCAAACAGAGGGACAAACUUCUUGAAUAUGAUCGCAACAGCGCCCGCCGCACUGAAGUGAUUGAUGACGAGUCAGAUUAUUAUCAGUCAAAUAGUGUUUGGCUUUGUGCUGAAGACCGCAAAAAGUUACAGAAGCAAGAAUCGGAAGCACUUGCUCGCAAGCACGCAUCGCGUUUAGAUAAAAGAGUUGCUAUAGAUUUUAUGGGAAGAAUAAUUGAUGAUGGUCAAUUCAAUAAUUUACAAUCAGAAGAGCUUGGUGAAACAAUGUCGUAUGACAACUUUGAAAAUCCGAAUAUCUGUCCAACAAUAGAAUUUGACCGUCCAACGUUUAUUGAUAUGGGAAUAUCUGGAACAAGUAGAAGAAUGGGAAAUGACACAUGGAACACAGAAAGUAGAAUUCAAGAUAAAGAAUAUUUGGAAAUGUCUGAUCAAGGCUUGUGUUUGAGCAUGCAUCAGCCUUAUGCUUCAUUGCUAGUGGCAGGAAUAAAAAUUCAUGAGGGUAGAAAUUGGUAUUCUUCGCACAGAGGAAGACUGUGGAUAGCAUCGGCUGCUAAAGUACCUUCCACUGAAGAAAUAUCCAAUAUACAGCAUACCUACAACAUAUUAAAAAGUAAAACAUUUAAAUUCCCUGAGACUUACCCCACGGGUUGCUUGUUAGGCUGUGUAACGGUGACUGAUGUUCUACCUCAGGCAGAAUAUAGAAAACUAUAUCCAGAAGGAGAAAGUGAUAGUCCAUAUGUUUUUAUAUGUGAGAAUUCUUACAUGUUACCAGUACAUUUUCCUAUGAAAGGAAAACAUAAAAUUUAUAAAAUGGAUAAAAAAAUUCAUCAAGCUGCUUCUAAAUGUUUAGAAAAAGCCAUGCGAAUGGCCAAACAAUAACUGAUAUUCUCUUACUUCUCUUGUAUCACUUCUCUUCUGUUAAAUUAAAUAGAACAAAAAUGUUUUCCAGAGGUAUAUGUUUAUUCAUAUUAAUAAUUUAAAAAUGUUACAUGCAUUCUAUAUUAAAAAUAAUCAUCUGCGUUUUGUACAAAAGUGUGAUUUUUCUGAUAUAUCAGCAUCUAAUAAAAAUUUUAUCUAAAUAUAAUAUGCAUA